AGCUGCGGGGAAGCAGUGCCCGCGCCGGGUGGCGAGCAAGAAAGACGGGCAUCAUGAGGCGCCAGCUGGGAUGGGAGUAGGAGCCGCGGGUGCAGCGAAGCAGGAGGACCAGCGCCCAGCGGCCGCAGCAGGAGCUCCCCUGAAGCACCAGCCGCUUCCGAAGCGCGCCCUUCGGCUUCGCCCGCCCCGUCGCGCCGCGCCCCAGCCGGGCCGCCCUCGCCUGCAGUUCCCUCCCGGCCGUCCGCACCAUGAACACCACCACCCUCGUCUUCGACCAGCUCAGCGGCCAAGUGCUCUUCGACGGCGGCGCCAAGGAGCAGGAGCGGGGCGGCAGCCGUCCCUAUGCGGCGGUCCUCGACGUCUCGCCCCACCCGGAGGUGUUCAUCCCCGACAGCCCGUCCAUGAAGGACAACCUCAGCCUUCGCCACAGGAGGACUGGCACCCGGCAGAACAGCGGGAAGGUGAGGCACAAGCGCCAGGCCCUGCAGGACAUGGCGCGCCCGUUGAAACAAUGGCUGUACAAGCACCGAGACAAUCCGUACCCCACUAAGACGGAGAAGAUCCUGCUGGCUCUUGGUUCCCAAAUGACUCUGGUACAGGUAUCAAACUGGUUUGCCAAUGCACGGCGUCGCCUGAAAAAUACUGUCCGGCAGCCAGAUCUGAGCUGGGCUUUACGGAUAAAGCUGUACAACAAGUAUGUUCAAGGAAAUGCUGAAAGGCUUAGUGUCAGCAGCGAUGAUUCAUGUUCAGAAGAUGGUGAAAAUCCUCCAAGAAGCCAUAUGAACGAAGGGGUAUACAACACACCAGUUCAUCACACUGUAAUUAAAACUGAAAGCUCAGUAAUAAAAUCUGGAGUUCGACCAGAAGGAAGUGCCAAUGAGGAUUACGUAUCACCCCCCAAAUACAAAAGCAGCUUGUUAAAUCGCUACCUGAAUGACUCAUUGAGACAUGUCAUGGCCACAAAUGCAGCCAUGAUGGAAAAAACAAGGCAAAGGAACCACUCGGGUUCGUUUAGCUCCAAUGAAUUUGAAGAGGAACUGGUGUCUCCAUCAUCCUCUGAGACUGAAGGCAAUUUUGUCUACCGAACAGAAACUCUGGAGAAUGGCCCUAACAAGUGUGAAAGUGCAGCUAACAGAAAGAGAUCAAACAAAGAUGAAACAUACUGGAAGGAGAUCAACGCAGCAAUGGCCUUAACAAACCUUGCACAAGGAAAAGACAAACUGCAGGGCACGACCAGCUGCAUCAUUCAGAAAUCGUCGCAUAUAUCAGAAGUAAAGACUGUCAAAGUGCCACUAGUACCACCGUUUUAGAGAGCCGUUACUUUUUCUUCUGCCUCAAGCGGACUUUUUUUGUGCCACAGCUUUCCCCAUUAAGUCGGACUUGGCGACCUGAAGCAAGCGUUAAAAAACAGGUUCCUUUCGUAUUGUGGUCAGUAAAAAUAACGAAGAGCUCCGUUCAACAGGAAGCUCUCCAGUACAAGCACCACGUUCUUGCAUGGCUCCCAUUCAGUUUAGUAGCGCUUGAGCUGGACAGCUUCCUCGGGUAUUUUACCCAAGCACGGUAACCAAGAAACGCUCCUGCGGGCUCAAGUUUUGUUAAGUAUAAAAUCAUUUCUAUAAAGGGCAUGUAAAUUAUGAGGGGAAAGUUUUCUCCCAUUUUUUUAAAAAAUCAAACUAUUAACUUCACAUUAAGCGUCUGCAUAGCUAUAACACAUAAGUGCCUUGCUUUCUUACAAUAAGCUAAAACGUGGGCUCAGCCCAGGACAGCUGUGCCUCAAAGUAUCAGCGCCAUAACGCUUCACCUUUGCAUGUAGUUUCAUAUGCAUCCUGGCCAGUUGAAAGCUGACCUCAAAAAGGGGAGAAAGAGAAACAAACCCUGGAGUGUUAGUGCACUAGUUGCCUUCUAUGAAUUACAGACUGGUAAAUCUUCGCAGUGAAAUCGCUGCAUCUGAUUACGGAAAAGUCCACCAUGUCAUCCAACCGAGCACACAAGCCUCUUGUGUGGGUAAAAAAAAUUGCUAUGCAUGUAUUGGUUUUUCUGCCUGCAUUUGCAGUAUUUUUAAUGCCAAAAUAAUUGACUUUGAUAAGUGCAAUACUGUAGAAAGGAACUCAAACGUUUUAAGGAACAUCCUGGUUAUUUAUAUUAGGGGGCUUUCACCUGAGAUUCAAAGCGGUUCUUGUUUCCAAUGCUUUGCAAUGAAACUGUAAAAACUUACGUUGGCCAGAAUAGUCAUUCGCAUAAUUUUUUUCUGUAUUGAAACAAAUCAGAGACUUCGAUAAAUAGCAAGAGAACAACUCCAAGGAGAUUUAAGCCUCGCAUAUGAAUAAUGGUCCAAUUCUUAGCUGUUACAUAAUACAAAAUGUUUUAAAUAUCAGAAGUACCCACUGAAGUCUUGGUUGCAACAAAGCCAUUGGUAAAAUACAGUUAGUAUUUCUUCCUUC